AUUUGAAUCGUUUCUUUUAGGCGAAAGCACGAAGACAGAAACGAACGGUGUCCAGGCCAGCAUGAUACUCGUCGCUCGAUACCACCUCUAGCUCUGCGGCUCGACACCCAGAAGUGCGGGAAGGUUGUGACCAAAUGUGACCAAUGUCACUUUCCUCGCGCUCCUCGUCGAUCACGUCGCGCGAGUCCGUACUCCCCGAUAGAUCGACGAUCUCAUCCGGCAUCCCACUCCGAAGUCUCGAUGAUAUCCGGGACCAAGUCGCGGCUGAGAUAGCGACAACGGCGGUUACGAAGUCCGAGAUUGUGGACGGAGUCCGGAUCGGGGUUACAUUGACUCUCAGCAAAUCAGACGACGAAGAUUUUCUCAAGCGAGUCGCACAUAAGCUGACCGAGGAGGUCAUGGCGCUGCACCACCAUGUUUGCGCACAUGGCCAGAUUUCGUAGCGUUCGUUGACAGCACCGGCAGGUCUUUGCAUUUGCGACAACGGGUCCUUCCAAUCGCUCGGAUCCAAAGCUCAACACGGUCGUUGUAUGCGGCUACCCUGAGCUCUACGUUCAACGCGCCGCUCUGCUCGCUUCCGCCAAGUUUCUCGGCCGCAUGCAGAUCGCUUACAACACGGGAUCGUUAUGGAUCGCGCCCGUCAAAAAUAUCGCAGUGUCUGCAUCGGAUGAGGCCGCGCUGUGGGACGUGCUACGCAAAGCAGCACGAACACCGAGAGACCCGCUUCUCCCACCUGCGGGCUGUCGCAGCGCAAGUGCUAUUCUGGCGGACGCACGGGCCCGCCUGCAACGGUUGCCGCCCACUGCAGCUUACGAGGAGCUUUUGGCACCGGUGGUGGGCGCGCCGACGUUUCUGGUGGACAUCAGGUCCAACGAGACUCGAACUCGGGACGGCGGGAUUCACGGUUCGCUGCCCAUCGACCGCAACGUCUUGGAGUGGCGAUUCGACCCGCGUAGCAGGGAUCGGCUCCUGAUAGUCGACCGUUAUGACUUGCGUGUCAUCCUGUUCUGUGAGGAUGGCAAAGCGAGUAGUUUGGCGGCGGUCGCGCUGCAGGAUAUCGGUUUGCUGGAUGCCACAGAUAUCAUUGGAGGAUAUGCUGCAUGGAAGGCGGCCGGGUUGCCUGUGGUCGAAGACAAGAUUGAGGACGAGAUUGAGCAGGAGGUUCUAUCUGAGACUGGUCGUGUCCCAUCUGACCCUUCGGUGAUCCACAUAUUGGAUUGAAAUAGGUUCAUCCGCAUCGGGUUCAACCGUAUACAUCUCGCAUUGAGUCAGAAGUCUUCCCUCACGCUGUGCCCUUCUUCGACCAAUCCAGUCCUUUGCAUGCGCUGAAGAUGCUUAAUCAUGAAGAGCUUCUUUUCGCUCACCAAUGUAGCGCGGUUUCCUCGGUAAUAUAACACAGACAGCGUGUUUUCUGCUUGAGGUUUUCCCUGAAUCGAGCCACUGGUUCCGCUGCUGAUCUGCAGUAGUUAUGUCGCUUCCCAUCAGCCAUUCUAACUAAUCAGUGUUCGUCCAAUCCCAACUCCCAUUCCCAAUCACAGCGGGCUCGGCGCCUGCAAUAAGUCUGAGACCGGGUCGAUUCUAUUUCGUCUCAUCCCAGUUACUAACACUGUUCCCGGGAACUUCUCGUUCAGAUAAACGCGUGUUAACAUCUUGCGCCACAACUUCUACCUUACCGAGAUGAGGACCAGCGCACGGGCCGGGCCAAACCACAUGAGCUGCAAUGGAGCACUCGAAGUCAUAAAGGCGUUCUGGACCUUCUCAAGCACCAAUAGGUCACAAUGUUGCUGUCUCCUCUUGCCAUACUGGCCUUUGUGCUCCCCGCUUUGGCAGCUAUCGAGUGUAACGUGCUCGACUACGGUGCGGUCGCCGACAACCAGACGGACAUCGGCCCUGCUUUGACUGCGACAUGGAAAAAUUGCGUUAUCCCGAAUGUGACUACGACAGUCGCCACAGACGUCGUGCUGCUCGUUCCAAGCGGCAGCUUCCUACUGACAUCCAUGGUCCUCUUCGACAAGGCGAAAUACUGGAAUCUGCAUCUCGUCGGUAACUUGUACCUGCCAUUCAAUACUACACUCGGUGGAAUUGGCGGAACCAUGCUGCAGUGGCAGAACUGCAACAAUAUCCUCGUCGACGGCCCGGGUGCCAUUUUUGGCAAUGGUUAUCGCAUCGAAAUCACCGAGAUAACGUUGUAUGACGCGCCGAUGUUCCAUGUGACAAUUUUCGGAAACAAUAAUCUGGCUCAUAAUAUGAUGAUAAGAGCCACGCACGUCGGUGAAACGGAUGGAUUCGACAUGAGUGGAAACAACAACUACGUUCACGAUGUAAUCGUCGAGAACGGUGAUGAAUGCGUCACGGUCAAGACUCCCACCAACGGAUUCGUCGCGGAAAAUAUUCAAUGCAUCCAUACUGCCGGCUGCAACAUCGGCUCGUUCGGUUCCAAUAACACCAACGUCAGCGUGCAAAAUGUCUACUAUCGAAACGUCACGCUGACCGACAACUCGGAUGCUGGAGUUAUGAUCAAAUCCUACCCAAAUAACAUUGGCUUUGUCAAGAAUAUAACCUAUGAGAAUUUCACUUUCGUCGGGUCUUCUUACCCCCUAUACAUCAGCGCAUUCUGGGCCGGAAACGGUAGAGACACUGGAAAAUUGGAAAUCUCCGAUGUGCAUUACAGCGGGAUGCAGGGCACGGGCUCCUCCCGCUAUCCAGGAGUCGUGGCAGACUGCAACGCCGGUGCACAUUGUACAAAUAUCACGUAUUCGGACAUCUCGAUUAAUGGAACCAAGUCGGACAGAUUCACUAACGCGUGUGGAUCUGGACUACCCAAGAUUCAUGCCUGUUGAUUGAUCAAUGUCGAUUCUGCUUCUCAGAGCCUACACACCACUCGAACAUGAAUGAUAUAAAUUUUAAUCUGUCCAUCACGUUCUCCUCACGUGCCUAACCGUGCACGGACCACUUGAAAAUCCUAUAAACUCCAGCCCCCAUCUUUUACGAUUCUUCAGAUACAUACUCAUCAGGAUCUUUUUAUAGAAACUGACCGAGUCUCGCAUUUUUACAAAUGCCGCAUCCUUCAAAUCCACUCGAUGACUUGCGCGCUCGCUCGUUCGACUGAGAACAUGGCUCCUUCGCGGGUCUCGAUGACGUUUUGGUCUCCUUGCUGCACUUUCCGAAAGGGAAGUGCGGUAGAAACCUAUGAGUCGAGCGUUUGUCUGAUGGAUUGUUCGGAUAGUUGCUUUUUGUAUAGUAGACGAGAAUGGAGUCCAAUACAAUCUUUUGCGGUCUAUCAAUCGUUCAGUUCGCCUUACGCGACAUGGAAUUAUCAUGCACGGCCCAGGUCCGCC